AUGGGGUGUCACGCGUCACGCUCUUUCUGCUCGAGUGACCCCGAUGCUGCGGCUGGGACGGCUGCUACCGCGCGGCCGUUCACGUACACCGGGGUACCACUGGAUGCGCUGGUCGCCUACGAGCGUGCGGCGCUGCACUUGUCGCACGAUCUUGACCAUCUGAGACACAGCAACGCCAUGGCGACAGCGGCAGCUCUGGCACGCGCGUCUGCCUCCAAACCGACGAGUGGAAACUGUCCGAGGCCUGCGCCCCAGCCACCACAACGUCCUCUGCUUCACGCCAGUGUAGACGCGCAAAGGUAUUUGCAGUGGCAACAUGAACAGCAGCAACACCACCGCCACACCGAUAAAGACAGUGAGGUGGUGGCGGUAGAGGCUGUCUACCAAGCUGGAGUGCCGGUGCUGCUGCAGGAACUGGCCUGGGAGUGGGCCAGCAGCGCAGCGCGAGAGUGUCACGGUCACGCUAGCGACGCCGGCAGACAGCCUGUGCUGAGAGCGAAGCAGAUGGUGGUGUGGCGCGCCCGCACCGCAGAGCUGCUGCACAAAUAUGUGACCUCGCGGCGGUACGAGAAGGCGCUGCGGCACGCGAGGAAGGCGGCACAGACGAGCGCGAGACCUCGCGCCCCAGCAGCAGCAGCAGCAGCGCCACAGUACGGCGGGAUCAGCAAUGACAGUGGGCACUAUGUGCCUCAGCCGUGUGUGUUUCGCGAGUUGUUUAAGUCAUACGCGGUGCUGGCUCACUCGCUGACCACAUCGCCCAGAGUCACCGCCACCGCUUCGGCACGCUCCUCUCAUGCACCCAAAUCCACAAGCACCGUGACGCCAUCGAUGUGGUGCGCAGUGCUGUGUUGGUUCGUGCGUGCGCUUCCGGAGCCACUGAUGCCGCUCUUGUGCAGUCGUCGUCUCGAGCCCCUCGCUGGCGCACCUCCGAGAAGCCCUGUUGCCGCAAAGGCCUCUACGCCAACCACGCAGACAACAUACACAGCGGCCUGCCGAGUCGUGGAGGAGUCCUUCGCAUCGACUGACGUGGUCGCAUACACAACAUUUUGCUACGUCCUCCACCUCGUCCAGGAGCACCGCACCGAGUUGACCGGGGAAGAGGUGGAGGCUGUGGCGCAAGCGGUCGUGCGAGAGCCGAGCCUUGCCCAGACGACACGCGAGGUCGCUCGUGCGUGCAAGCCUGACAUGCACAUCUUUGGGCCUCCGCGGACGUCAGUGGGUACAUCAUCAAGAGUUACUGCUGCUGCCAUGGCGCGUGAGAAAGGACCUGGCGAGACUGGCAGAGGUCGCAGUAGCCUCACCGCAGACACCUCACCCUCAACACUGGUGCCGACGUUCCUUCAAGUUUCAGCCUGUGCAGCGGCGCUGGAAAAGUCGAAGACACCAGCUGGCGGGACUGCCAAGGAGGUCAUGGCCAGUGGCGAGCGUAGUGACGCCAUGGCAUCCUCCAGCGAUGUCGGUGACCGGAGUGAACCGGAAGGAGUUGCUGCCGGUGUGGAAGCAACGGAGGUGCAAGGUCAACUCGCGGAACCAAAGGCGGCUAUACAUGCCUCCGCACCAGUUGCUGUCAAAGCAGCCACUCCAUCGACGACACCUGCUGUUGCGAGUGGUGAAAUGCGGCGACAGACCACGUCGUCCUCAAGCACCACUGUCAGCGAGGAAGACGGCAGCGUGAGUAAGCGCUGUCCUGAGGCCGUGGCGGCUCACGCUAUCCCGGCUGCUGCCCAGCCGACGGGAAUCAUACGCCACGCUUCACCUGUCCCACAGAAAGGCUCUUUAGCGGCUGCAGUCACGACAGAGUCUCAUCCGCAGCCACACCUCAAGGAGCGCCUCAUUACCUCCAGCGAGGAGCCUUUAUUGAGGGGGACGUCUCUCAUCUGUGAGAGCAAAACCCCCCUGGUGUCUGAGCACUGUCACCACGUCGCUCAGCGUAGCGUCAAGCGACGGGCGACCCUUUCAGAGGACGAGGACAUGCAAGUCCAAAGUGUGCUGGCGAGCCGCCCGGAGCUCACUGCUUUCACCGUAAGCAAGCUCAACUCUGAUUUGUGCCCCUCUGUGCUCGAAGACCCGGGGGCUGUAGAGGCGGAAGCCGAGGAUCUGCGUCGCGCAUUGCAGCCGUUCAGCGAACCUCCGUUGACGGCGAUAACCAACGCUCGCAACGACGAGGACGGCGGUGGCGGCCCCCAUCCGCGCCCUCCAAAGGGAGAGAGCGGCUCUCCACAAAACCCUGAUAUCGACUGUGCCACUACGUCCUUGGCGCCAGUGCCGCUGCCGUCACUCCCACAUCACAUUACGCAGACCUCCACCUCCCCGCGCGAUGAGCAGCGCCACCAAAUGCCUGAAUUCGGUGGCGCUGCAACGCCCACCCCUGCGACAGCCCUGCUGUUUCUGCCCUGGGCGCAAGGGUCUGCUGCGCCACUGCCGGCAUCGGCCUUCCGUGCUCAGGCAGAGCAGCCACUUCUUACCGCGCUCAUGAUCGCCAAGCAGCGCUUCCUCGCGGCGCUGAGGGUAACUCCUAAGAAAGAGAGCACCGCAGGCAGCGAAGACUGUUCGAGCAGCGUCGUCGAUCAUCGCCUUGAACGCGUGAUGGCUUGUGCGCGCGAAAUGGGCUGGGCGUCGUCCGAGGGACUCAUCGAGUCGCUCAGGUCGGCGCACGGGCAUCUGCACGACAAGACUGCGACCGUUCCUGGAACAGAGGCAGCAGCGCUGUCGUCGGCACGGGCGUCUGCGUUGACGCCGAAUGCACUCGGCUCUUCCGGUGAUCGAUGUGAUCCCUCAGACCUGCCGCAGUCGCUCGCGGAGGCACCACACCAGGCACAAAAGUUCGCAGCCGUCUGCGUCCCCAUCUCUGGACUCAUGGGGUCAUCCGACGUCUUUUCCAGCGUCGACGCCUCCAUGGCCGAGAAUCGUGUUGGGUACGGCCGAGAGAGCCAGCAGCCUCACGGGCCCCACCAAGUGGCUGUUGUAGAGAACACCUUUCUUUCCACUCAAACGGAGUCCGCCGACUCCGCGGUGCGUGUCGAGACGACGCGCGAAUUCUGCAGCAGUGGUGCGGCGCGCACUAACCUUCAGAACAGGCCGCUACCAUCGCCAUCAGCGACUGAGGACGUCCGCAGGUGCUCCAACCUCACCACCCCUCUCACAAUGAUGACUAUGUCCGCCAGCGCCACCGCCGACGCUGCGGUUGCGGCUGCCCAGCCUUUGAGCGGGGUGGAGCAGGAGCUGAAGAAGCUGCGCUGUCUGGUGCACACGCUUGAAUCUCAGCAGUUUGUUCAGUCCCAGCAGUCCUCUGCACAAACAUCUGAGUUGCGGGCGAGAUGUGCAGAGCUUCAGCAUCAGCAGCUCGAACAGGCGAAACAUCUGCGCCUCGCUCGUGCACGACUGCUGGAAGUUGGGAAGGAGCUGGAUAACUUGCGCGAUGCGAAGACGCACCUUCAAAUGCAGCUGGCAGCGUCCAGAGAAGAGGGAACGCGAUUGCGUGACGCACUUCUGAUGGAUGAAGCACGCACGUGA